AUGCACGCUGUAACAUGCAUUCAUGCAUGCACACUUGUCGUCUUCUGCAAACAUGCCACUCUAUGCAUCAAUGCACCGCUUGACAACGAGAUGGGUAGCAUCAACAACAACCUCAACAACAACAGCAUCAACGACAACAUCAACAACAACAAAAACUACAAGAUCAACAACAACAUCAACAUCAACUACAACAUCAACAACAACAUCAUCAACAACAACAGCAUCAACUACAGCAUCAACUACAGCACCAACUACAACAUCAACUACAACAUCAACAACAUCAACAUUUACAUCAGCAUCACCAUCAUUGUUCACUUUUUGCAUGCAGACGUCACAGCCAGCCUGGCUAGUCUGAGCCAUGCGAUGUUUGCAAUCAGGAAGGCAAUCCUCUACAGACUUUCUUUCAAUAUCAGGAUAGAACGCGCUCACAUUUGUUUGCCAGAUAGAGAAGUGGUCGUGGUGAGAGAUGGGCACAUAUGUGAGGUACCUUCUGGCCAGCCCUGCCUGCAGUCGACAAAUUUCACGUUACACGUUGUGAUUUUACUGGAGUCUGAGUUUGGUUUUGAGCUGGUGACUCGAGGGGGCUCGCUUGGAGUAUUUUCUUUCUGGGGCGGUGGUUUUGGUAUAUGUCAUGCUGGUUUGAACAAGGCACAACACGGCAGCAUUCUGGGAACUGCGAUGCCGUUAAAACAGAACGAACAAUAA